CUUUUCUCCGCCAAUUCUCAUUCCCCGCAUCUAGAGGCAAGCAAUCGGCGGACAUCAUGUUUGCCACUCUUGUCCGUCUCUCAAAAGCCUCUCGGAAGCCUUUGACGCCAAAGCGCGGCAACAAGGACUACUACAAAGGCACCCGCCAGGCCGUGCUCCCGGGUGGUCCGCGCACGGGUGCGCCUGGUAAACAUGUCGUAAAGGGCAAGGCCAAGUAUCGUCUGCUUGAUGAGAAGGUGCGGUACUUUGUCGCGCCGCCGAUUGAGGACAUUCUGGCGUCUCCGUUGAAGCCGUACGUUCAUACCGACGUGAAGCUCACGAAAGCUCAAGAGCGGGAGGUCCUCGGAAAACUACCACGAGGAGGACUGAACGGCGCGCAUCUACUAUCUCUCGCUGCCAAGCAGGGUGAAGUGGCACAUUCCUCCGAGGCCGCUAACACAUCGCUAUAACAAGGUGUCGAGCUCCUCCGCCUUAUCUGGGUCCCGCUCGGCCCCAGAUGCACCCCAAUACUUCAGGUCACCAUAGACGAUAUCGUCAGGUGUACCCUACUCCGCAGUGUACAGAUGACGCGAGGGCCUUUUGUACAAUGCGCUGCUAGAGGCACGAAGAUAAUGUUGACAGGUCCAUUUCAUCUGCUACCAGGACGCGUGCGACGCGGUGACGGCUCUCUUCC